CUGCCACCAAACGCAUCAACUGCCUGCUUACGGGAGGAGCAUAAUCCUACAUUUCUGGGACUCGUUUAUUAUUAUUCGCAGCGAGGAUAUUUAUUUUACUUAUUUCGCAGGCCGGUUCGUUGUUUCUGGUGCCUUGCCAGCUGCCAUCAUCGCCGUAUAAAAGGACUGGAGGAACAUUAUUUUGGUUGUUUUCCCCGAAGUUGUCGCACGAGGAGUGAGCUCGCGCUGCUGCACAGACUCCGGAAAAGUGACAUGAAACGUGAGGACGGAUGAGAAACAAGUAGGGAACAAAUCGGAGCACAUUAUCAUCCUGUUUCACUCACAGCAGACUGAUAUGCACCGUGCAAGAGACUGAAAAAGUAACAACAUCUGAGCCACAAACGGAGCGGGUGAAAGCAUGGACCUUAACGCACGCGACUUCCAGCGACCACUUUGGGAUUUAUGUUUUUUUAAUUAAACUCUGCAAACCUUAAAAUGAGGAACCGGUGGUGUUGCAGCAGAUAAGUUUUUCCACAUACUGACUUUUUAAUGACUGAAACUUGUGUGUGGUGCUAUAGUGGUGAACAUUUGGCCUGUUUUUUUCUUUAAUCAAAAGAGGGAGAAUGUGUUCAAGUGUUAAAUUCAGCCUCAUCUGUGUGCUACUGGUCCUGUGGAGCGGUGGAGGCUCAGCCAUUAGCUCAAUAGACCCCGACUGGUCAGGAGAGGGGAGAUGUCAACACAUCAACAUCCCCCAGUGUAAGGACAUUGGCUACAACAUGACCCGCAUGCCAAAUCUCAUGGGCCACGAUGACCAAAAAGAGGCAGCGAUCAAGCUGCAGGAGUUUGCGACGCUGAUACAGUUUGGAUGCCACAGUCAUCUAAAAUUUUUCCUGUGUUCGCUGUAUGCUCCAAUGUGCACAGAGCAGGUGUCCAACCCCAUCCCAGCAUGCAGAGUUAUGUGUGAGCAGGUGAAGCUGAAAUGCUCACCAAUCUUGGAGCAGUUUAACUUCCCCUGGCCCGACUCUCUGGACUGCUCCCGGCUGCCGACCAAAAACGACCCAAACAACCUCUGCAUGGAGGCGCCUAACAACGGCUCAGAUGAGCCUCCCAAAGUGUCCCACACCCAGCCUCCAGAUUUCAGGCUGCAGCGGCCAUUGGGCGGGCAGGACCUGCAUCUGAAGGACACUGGAAACAAGGAGGCAUGCAGCAACCCCGGGAAGUUUCACUUUGUGGAGAAAAGUGAGUCCUGUGCCCCCAAAUGCUACCCCAAAGUGGAUGUAUACUGGAGUCAAGGAGACAAGCAGUUCUCUCUGGUGUGGAUAGCCAUCUGGUCCAUCCUCUGCUUUGUCUCCAGCGCCUUCACUGUGCUCACUUUCCUCAUAGACCCACAGCGAUUCAAAUACCCUGAGAGGCCGAUCAUCUUCCUCUCCAUGUCCUACUGUGUUUACUCUGUGGGCUACCUCAUCAGACUUUUUGUGGGGGCUGACAGAAUAGCCUGUGACAGGGACAAUGGGGUCCAGUAUGUUAUCCAGGAGGGUCUGGAGAGCACCGGCUGCACCAUUGUCUUUCUCAUCCUGUAUUAUUUUGGCAUGGCCAGCUCCCUCUGGUGGGUUAUCCUGACUCUCACAUGGUUCCUGGCUGCAGGGAAGAAGUGGGGUCACGAGGCCAUCGAGGCCAACAGCAGCUACUUCCACCUGGCUGCGUGGGCCAUCCCUGCUGUGAAGACCAUCAUGAUCCUGGUGAUGAGGAAGGUGGCGGGGGACGAGCUGACAGGGGUCUGCUACGUGGGCAGUAUGGACGUCAAAGCUCUCACAGGCUUUGUGCUCAUUCCUCUCUCCUGCUACCUAAUUAUUGGCACUUCGUUCCUGCUGUCCGGCUUUGUGGCACUUUUCCACAUCCGGAAGAUCAUGAAAACAGAGGGAGAGAACACGGACAAGCUCGAGAAACUCAUGGUCCGCAUCGGGGUCUUCUCCGUGCUCUACACCGUCCCCGCCACCUGCGUCAUCGCCUGCUACUUCUACGAGAGACUCAACAUGGACUAUUGGCGCAUCGAGGCAAAGGAUCAGAAGUGCGUGGACAGCAGCGGGCCAGAGUCGGACAAGUGCGUCAUGAAGACUUCCAUCCCCGCUGUUGAGAUCUUCAUGGUGAAGAUCUUUAUGCUGCUGGUGGUGGGCAUCACCAGCGGCAUGUGGAUCUGGACAUCAAAGACGCUGCAGUCCUGGCAGAACGUGUUUAGCAGGAAGCUAAAGAAGAGGACGAGGAGGAAGGCUGCCAGUGUGUUCACCAGCAGCAGGCCUUACAUCAAACCUCACCCAUCUCUCAAAGGGCACAGUACUAAGUAUGAGCCUACACGGCCUCCCCCAACAUGUGUAUGAGCUGGCUCUCUUUGUGUAAACCCAAAAAAUACUUGUAAAAGCCCUUACCUAAAUGAGACUUUGUAAUCAGAGUGCCAUCAAAAGAAUCAAGGUUCAUGUUUUAUUUAUGCAAACUACGUUGAAGAUAAUGCAAUGUGGGGUUUUUUGUGUCUUGAGCCAUCUCAUGCAACAAGAGCUGCCUUUGUUUGUGAAAAAAAUCUGCUACUCCUGGAUUCACUUAUCCUACUGAGGAACUUGGUAGAGAGAGAGAAAAAAUCUUAUUGUUCCCAAGACAAAAAGAGUGGAAUAAACCAUUUGGAUGUGUCAUGGGGUCACUUGAAUAAUGUGCAAUAGAUGUUUUCCUUUAAAAAAAGACACUUGUACUGUUAGUGACAGAUUACAGACAAUGAAAGGACCCCACAGACAAUGGUCAGAGAGAUGAGUGUUGUGUUUGGAGGCUUUUUAAUGGAAAUCGAGGCAGUGUCAUAUAUGUUUGAACUGGAGUGAGAGCAGCUGUUGAAAAGCGCUCCAGACCUUUCCGAACUGCCCCAUUGUGAGGCAAAUCCAUGCCAUAAAUUAAUCAAGCACUCGUAAAUGAAAAGUUAUUUGUACACGCAGUUGAGUUUUCCUCUUCUUUUUUUUC